AUGCCACGGGAAAUGGAGUCACUAAUUGAUCACUUGCUUACCUGGAACAAUCCAAUCGACCGCAUUUCGGCGUAUCGAACGUUUGCUGUGGUUGGAAAGUUGUCCGAGCUAGGAAUGGCGCCAAUGACUCUCCUUAGAUACAGCUUCUUGUCCGACUAUGAGAUGGACACCACUUUUGCCAUGCAUGCAGAGCUGAGCGGCUGCGAGCUAAGCGAGUCUGAUAUGAUUGCUCGUAAAGGUCAAGCCCAAGCACGACUUCAUGAUCAAUCAAGAGGCCUACUUGAGAUAAAACACCUAUCCUACAGGGGAGAUUUGCCUACAAGACCCGUCGAUAUUGAGCAUGUCACCUUUAUCCACCGAUCAGUAUUUGACUUCUUGCAGACGCAUCACAUAUUGGAUACCAUGGAAGCAUGCGAAGGGUUCGAUACUGUUGACGCCAUGAGCCAGAUUGUCCUCGCCGAGAUCAAGUUCUUCGGCUUGUACUCUUUUCACUCCACCAGGAUUCGCUGGCUUCUUCUGAAGGACUUACCACAAUUACUGGGAUACUACCAGAAAGAAGCUUGA